UGCAUCGGCAUACACAUUUUUCGUAGUUUUCAACAAUCAGCAACAAGAAACUUUUAAAAAUGGAUUCCGGAAUUGAAAUCGUUUCGGCAGGCUUGCCUCAUAAAGUGUCGUGUAUUCGAUGGGUCCCAGAACAACUUGAUGCUCCGAAUACGUUUCUUACCAGCAGCUGGGAUUCCACUCAGAAUAGUGUAACUUUAUGGAGCCAAUUCCACAAUGCCUAUGGGGAAAAUGAUCAGGCAGCAUUCCCAGAGCCGUUGGCUGUAAAACACUUGCCCGGAGACAUUGUUCAGUUUGAAUUCAUUGAUGAAAAAACAAUAGCGUGCGUUACGUCUGAAGGUGCACUCAACAUUUUGUCGAUUGCAACGGAUAUGAUUGAGGAGAAAUUUGCCAUUCCUAAUCUUCAUCAGUUUGACGGUUUCAAGGCAGCUUGCACCGGGGUUUCCGUGUACGAUCGAGACAUAGCAACAAUCGGAGAGGACGGGUGCCUCAAAAUUGUGUCCGUGACGGUGGGAGAAGUGCUGCGUACCAUAAAGGACAAGAAUACGUGCAGUUUGUGUUGCAUUUCUUUUGUCAAUCCCGAUACGGUCCUUGUAAGCAGUCGCUGCGGAAACAUUGAUUGCUACGAUAUAAGGACAGAUUCGGACGAACCCGUACUCACCCUGUCCACCUUAUCCAAGACUGAGGACGAAGAUGGUCUUACAGAUACAACCUGCAUUAGCUACCAGCCAGUACAGAACCAAAUUGUGUUUGCUGGACUCGAGGAUGGCUCCAUCAUGGGGUGGGAUCUUCGGAAGCCUGAUAUAUUCUCAACCCACCUGAAACCCCACGAGAGCAGCGUGAACGCCAUCGCAUUUCGGCGGGAUGACCCAAAAAGGAUGUUUAGUGGCACAGAGGGUGGUGAAGUUUUCCAAUGGUUGCUGCGAUCAGAAUAUUCGCUUGUGGGAGAUUACUUCGAUCAGCUGGUUCGUUCCUAUGGCCCGGUGAUAGAAAACUACAGCGCGAUAAAUUCAAUCGACGUGAAUGAAUCGCACAUGAUUUGCAGUGGUGAUGACGCAUUUGUUCAUAUUUUCGAAAUACAGGAGGAAUAGAAUCAUCCGUCGGCGUGGUUAAUUCUUCACCGUUAUCACCCUCGAAAGCUUAUUACGGUUUGUUCACAUGACUAACUGUUUACAGUUCAAGGCAGCAUGGACAAGACGAACCUAGCCAUGUUUUUCUGGUGCAUUAUGUUUUGAUAACGUCGUACAGCUGAAAACAAUAAAAAAACGAAUGAACUGUUUGAGUAAAACCAUGCGAUGUUAAUUGGUUAGUUUAUUAUUCGUGCUUUUUGUUUCUGAUUUUGUAGGUCCAGGAGUUCGACUAGAAUUUUGAAUCGGGCACAUAUUUUCCUACGCAGUACAGGGUGACCAAUCGAGGCUUGGGCGAAACCGAAAAUAAACAGAAAAACAGUAUGUAUCAUAACCUUAGCAGGUAGUGAGUC